GGGGUCACCAUGAGCCUGAUGCUGGAGACGCUGUUGGGCCCCCCGGGGGGGCUCCGCAAGGAGCCGGGCCGCGUUCCCCGGGGCUCCGCCACCUCCAGCGGCUUCCACUCGUGGCCGGCGCCGGUGCCGGGGCGGGCGCGGGGCGCGGGGGGCGGCGGCGGCAGCGCGGCCGCGUCCUCCACCGAGAGCCUGGACUCGCUGAACGGCGAACCGCGGGCGCGCAACGAGAAGGAGCUGCUGCAGGUGCUGAACGACCGCUUCGCCGGCUACAUCGAGCGGGUGCGGGCGCUGGAGCAGCAGAACCGGGCGCUGGCGGCCGAGGCGGCGGCGCUGCGGCAGCAGCAGGCGGGGCGCUCGGCCAUGGGCGAGCUGUACGCGCGGGAGCUGCGGGACAUGCGGGGCACCGUCCUGCGCCUGGGAGCCGAGAAGGGGCAGCUGCGGCUGGAGCGGGCCCGCCUGGCCGAGGACGUGGCGGCGCUGCGGGGGCGGCUGGAGGACGAGGCGCGGCAGCGCGGGGAGCUGGAGGCGGCGGCGCGGGGGCUGGCGCAGCGCUCGGCGCAGGAGGAGCGGGCGCGGGCGCCGCUGGAGGAGCGGGCGCGGGCGCUGCGGGAGGAGGCGGAGAUGCUGCGGAGGCAGCACCGCGCCGAGGUGGGAGCGCUGCUGCGGGGGGCGCGCCCGGAGCCCCCCGCCGAGCCCCCCGCAGCGCUGCGCCCCGGGGUGACGGCCGCGCUGCGGGACCUGCGCGCUCAGCUGGAGGGCACGGCCGCCCGCAGCACCCUGCAGGCAGAGGAGUGGUUCCGCGUGAGGCUGGACAAGCUGUCCGAGGUGGCCAAGGUGAACACGGACGCCAUGAGAGUGGCCCAGGAGGAGAUCACCGAGUACCGCCGGCAGCUCCAGGCCAAGACCACCGAGCUGGAGGCCCUCAAAGGGACCCAGGAGUCACUGGAGAGGCAGAGGCAGGACUCGGAGGAGCGGCAUCACGCAGAUGUCCUGUCCUACCAGGAAACCAUCCAGCAGCUGGACAGCGAGCUGAGGAACACCAAGUGGGAGAUGGCAGCUCAGCUCCGGGAAUACCAGGAUCUGCUCAAUGUCAAAAUGGCCCUGGACAUCGAGAUCGCUGCCUACAGAAAGCUCUUGGAAGGGGAGGAAUAUCGGCUCGAGACUGGCAUUGGGAUGCUCUCCUACCCCGAGGUGGUCCCCAAGGCUCCCAGCAUCACCACCAACAUCAAGGUGAAGAGCGAGGAGAAGAUCAAGGUGGUGGAAAAAUCGGAGAAGGAGACGGUGAUUGUGGAGGAGCAGACGGAGGAAAUCCAGGUGACCGAGGAGGUCACGGAGGAGGAGGAGGCUGAGAAAGAGGCUGAAGAGGAGAAAGCUGAAGAGGAGGAAGAAGAAGAGGAGAAAGCUGAAGAGGGUGAAGAAGAGGCCAAGUCUCCUGCAAAAGAGGAGGCCAAGUCCCCAGAGAAACCUGAGUCCCCCUCCAAGGAGGAGGCCAAGUCCCCUGAAAAGCCCCCAACCCCCUCUAAGGAGGGGGCCAAGAGCCCAGUUGUGAAGUCACCAGAGAAACCUGCAACCCCCUCCAAGGAGGAGGCCAAGAGCCCAGCUGUGAAGUCACCAGAGAAACCCCCAACCCCCUCCAAGGAGGAGGCCAAGAGCCCUGCUGUCAAAUCCCCUGAAAAGCCACCAACCCCCUCCAAGGAGGAGGCCAAGACCCCCACGGUGAAGUCCCCAGAGAAACCUGCACCCCCCUCAAAAGAGGGGGCCAAGACCCCAGCGGUGAAGUCCCCAGAGAAAACUGCACCCCCCUCAAAGGACGAGGCCAAGACCCCUGAGAAACCCUCAGCCCCCCCUAAGGAGGAGGCCAAGAGCCCGGCGGUGAAGUCCCCAGAGACACCCACAGCUCCCUCAAAGGACGAAGCCAAACCCCCCUCUGUGAAGUCCCCAGAAAAAGCCCCAACCCCCUCAAAGGAGGAGGCCAAGAGCCCAGCUGUGAAGUCACCAGAGAAGGUCAAAUCUCCCGGGAAGGAGGAGGCCAAGUCUCCACGGAAGGAGGAGGCCCCAGCCAAGGAGCCAACCCCUGCUCCGAAGGAGCCGAAAGCCCCCGCCAAGGAGGAGCAGCCCAAGGAGCAGCCCAAGGCUCCCUCCAAGGAGGAGGGAAAGAAGGAGGAAGCUCCCAAGAAGGAUGUCCCGGCCAAGGCAGAGGAGAAACCCAAAGAGAAGGUGACUGAGCCUCCAGCCCCACAGGUGAAAGAGACUCCCAAGCCAGGCCCCAAACCCGCUGAAGAAGGAAAAGCUGAGAAGGAAACUCCACCAAAACCUCAGCAGGAGGUCGGCAAAGCGGCCGCCAAGGAGGCUGAGAAGCCAAAGGCUGAGGAGAAGGUGGAGGAGCCGAAGAAGAAAGUGGAGGAGCCAAAGGAGAAGGUGGAGGAGCCCAAGAAAGUGGAGGAACCGAAGAAGGAGAAGGUGGAGGAGCCCAAGAAGAAGGUGGAGGAGCCCAAAAAGGUGGAGGAACCGAAGAAGGAGAAGGUGGAGGAGCCCAAGAAGAAGGUGGAGGAGCCCAAAAAGGUGGAGGAACCCAAGAAAAAGGUGGAAGAACCCAAGAAGGAGAAGGUGGAGGAGCCCAAGAAGGCGGAAGAGCCCAGGAAGGAGAAGGCAGAGGAACCCAAGAAAGCGGAGGAACCCAAAGCCCAAGCAAAACCCAAAGAUGAGCCCAAAGCCAGCAAGGACCCCCCCAAGGCCGAGGCCCCCUCUGGCAAGGAGGGCACGGCCCCGGAGCCAUCCCCCAGCGCAGGGAAGAAGUGAGAGGAGAGUCCUGGGUGCCAACGGGCACUGCGGGCACGGGGGCUGCUCUGCCCCUCCCCGAGGGCCGGGCCCGGGGUGGGACCCCCAGGCUGGGCUUCCCCUUAGCAAUAGGCCCUGUGAGAGCCGCAGGGUGGGCGACGCUUCCCUCGCAGAACGUGAUCCCCACAUUUAACACUUGAAUUAUAACCCAGGAGAAGGGGGGAGACCCCCCGGGACACCCCCAGGGACACCCCUUCUCCUCUAAGUGCAUUUAUUCAAUGUAUGUGCAACGGAUGGACGAGUGCAAUGCAGAGCUGUAGCUGCUUGGGGGGGGCUGGCGGGGUCUGGGGGGAAGGACUGUCCCCUGGAGCAGCGGUGGGAGAGGCUGGGAGCUGCAGGAAUGCUCCCAGGCACAGGCUGGGAGCUGCAGGAAUUGCUCACAGACACACACAGGUGCACCAGGAACCUCAGCCCACUGAUCUUUGCUUACUGUGCAAUAACCAAAUAAAAGUGCUUACGGAGA